GCCUUCUUUGCCGGUGUCACAGCUGAGUUGGCUGAGUCAGGCUGACUUGAAGAGACUAAUGAGAACCUGCUCCACACAACCUUCAGACUCCCUACUUGGACCAUUAAAGCUGAGCUGGUUGAGUCCUCCAGAAGGUGUCAGAUAUCAGAACGCGUAGCUGGUCGAGAUCAACUUUCUUCAAGACUGAAGAGCCUUGGUCUUACUGACAAACGACCAGAAAUCUUUGAUUUUUGUAAAGAGCGUAAAGAUGCAGGAGAAAGGCUUCUUCACCCGAAGGAAUGCAACAGUGGCACUGUGCAUUGUGCUAAUGCUGGCUCAGCAGGUGUGUGCAGGUCCGUUGGUCCCACAGGUCCAGUCCAGCUCUGACCAAAAGGCAGAUUCAAGCGUCCAAACACUGAGGAGGACAGCUCGGAUGACCCCGCUGUGGAGGAUCAUGAACAGUAAACCAUUUGGAGCUUACUGCCAGAACAACUACGAAUGCUCCACAGGACUCUGCAGGGCGGGACACUGCUCCACCACCCACCACUCCCCCUCCGAGCCCGUGAACUACUAGUGGUCCCAGGACACAGCCAGUGUGUUUACAUGAGCGUGCAGCCAUAAUCCUUAUAAAAGGUUCUCAUAACUUGGAUUAUGCUCUUAUCCAGGCUUUUUUUUGUUGUAAUCCGUUUUAUAUUUAUAUGUGCCAAUAUGUUGCUGAUAAUAUCUAAAUGUUUAGGCUAUAUGAAUUUACACUGCAGGUAGCGUAGAUGCAUCCAGGAAAAGGCAUGUCAGGGGGGAAAUCACUGCCCCGCUUGAUAUGUAUCAAAAGACUAAAAUGAAAUGUCACUCAAAUGAAGAUAGCAGGUGAGCGCUGAAAGUGCAAAAAUGGAAGAAGGGUGUAAUUUAGCCUUGAAUACUUGAUGUUUUUUCAUGAUGUGAUCAUCAACAAGGGUGAAAACAACUGAAAAGUAACGUUAGCCUACUUGUUUCACACUGAUAUGAAUCUCAAAGCGGAGACUUUGGGAUUCAAAAUAAAAGUAGAAGUACCAUUUCUCCCCGCUAGUUACUGUGGCUGUACCUCCACAAAUGACAUAAUCAAGUCUGAUGUCUGCAUGACUUGAUAACAAGGCUCUACUGGCGACAGCUCAUUGCUUCACUGAUAUGACAACGCCUUGUUAUCAGACACUGAAGCACUGACGUCACUAGCAUGCAAAAAAAAGAUGCCACUAGCAUGCUAACGCGCUAAUCGCGAUUAGCAACACAACCUUUGAAGUCGUACAUUGUAAAAACUCCACAACCACUUAUUUAGCUUCUAGAUUGCAAUAAGUCAGACAGGUGGUAUUACUCUUUGUUAAGCGACAUUAUACUAUUUAUACAUACAUUAUGCUAUUUUUCUCUACCAACGUCAAGUGUUUUCACAUAGCUAACGUUAAGCUAACUGAGUCUGCUUUAAAUCUGACUAGCAUGUAGGCUACCUCAUCCGGUGGUACUCUGUAACUUGGCUAAAACUUGAUUUAAAUGAGUACUUACAAAAAAAAGUGAUUCAAGAAAACAGCAAGAGAAGCCUACUAACAAGUCUUGAGUGUAAUUCCUCAAACAGAACCCGAAAAACAGAAAAUGCACUGGCAACAAAACCAGUUUUAACUGUCAGUAAAGGAAAGUUUCCAGUGCCACAGCAAAUCUGUCCUGAUUUGUUGUUAUACAAUACAAUGCAAUUGGUUAUUUUAAACCCCCAAAUCUGUAAAUAUGACACAUUUAACUGUCAGUUAUUAAAUUAUGACAUACUAUAUCUAUGAUAUAUAUGAUGAUGAUAUACACGAGUCAUGUGUAUUAUCAACAAGCCUUAGAAAUCUUCAACAGGCGUACAAAUGCACUUGUUAUCCUUUAAAGAAAGCACCUAAACAUAACUUUACGAAUUUGCUGCGAUCACAGUCAACUGUCAGAGGCAAAAAGCGUUCAAGAGAGGAAAAGGAUUGAUAAAGCAAAGUAGGAAAAAAGGCAUGAACGGGGGAACAAAAAGGAAGGAGAUAAGACAAAAGAUAAGCAUCAGACGUUACAAAAUAUUGAUGCAAUUUUGAUUUCAACAUCCUUGUGUUUUUUGUUCUGGUAUUUUCUUUAGAGGCAGAACGUCUUGUCAAAGUCAGCGAGGGCAACAUUGUUCAUAACAUAAGUAAUGCAUGUGUACUGAUGUGGUGUAAUGCAGUGAUUCUCAUAUUUUCUCUCAUAAUUUAUGUUAUCCUGUUUCCAAAUUAUCUUUUUUUUUUUUUAAAUGUACCAAUUUACAUAAUUUCAUGUAUGUAUUUCUAUAUGUUAUUUUAAUGGUUUGUUUUAGAAUAAUCAAUCACCCUAACUGGGUUUUGUUGAGCUUUUUCAGUGGAAACUUUUAAAUAUCUACUUCAAUCUUAAAUGUAUAGGCUAACCAAUUUAACAAAUAUCUUGGCCUUUGUUUUGUUUUUUUGCACAUCCAUCUCUUCAAAUUAAUAAGCGAUCGUGGUUUUCGCUUCAACUCGCCUGCAUAGUUUACUUCAUGCAAAGAGCAGGUGGUUGCUGAUAUUUUGGACACUCAUCCGUGUUUGAGAAAUGUUUUGCUAGGAUUGCACUUUUAAACCCAAAUUAUCUUUGUACUGUGUACUAUCUACUGUACUGUAUUACUUACAUGUAGAAGGCUGGAGAAAAGUGAAAUAAAGCAAUGGAAAA